UUAGUGAGGAAAGGGAAAAUGGCGGACCUCGAAGACGUUACACUGGACGGGAGGCCGCUACAAUCUCUACGGGUGGCGGAUUUGAAAGCUGCUUUGGAGGAGCGGGGGCUUCCUAAAAGCGGACAGAAAAAUGCUCUCAUUAAGAGGCUCAAAGGGGCUCUCAUGCUGGAGAACCUCCAGAGAACCUCACACCAUCACAUAGGACUGCAGCCAAACUCCCAGAUUGGUGAAGAGAUGAGCCAGAAUAGCUUCAUUAAGCAGUAUCUGGCAAAACAGCAGGAGCUCUUGAGGCAGCGUCUUGAGAAAGAGGCCCGGGAAGCAGUCGAAGAUGAUGAUACAGACCAAGAGGACCACACACAGGGCAAUAACAGCUCUGCCUGUGCUGCCCCAGACCAGGAUGACGUACCAGUGUUGGUUGACCAGCACAAGCCACUUGGCCCCUCCGAGGGAGAGGGACUAGCAGGCCCUGCAAGCGAGGGAGAGGGACACAGGGCCAAAGACGGCCAUGUGUCUGGUCCACCUGCCUCUACCUCUCCUACCUCUGCCCCUGCUGCCGUUGCUUCUCUGUCUGUGUGUGUAGCUGAUGGUGAGCAGCGACCGGAGAGAGUCCCAACCUCUAGCCAAGUCCCAGCAGAUAGCGAUGAUGACAGCGACGGAGGUGACGAGGAUGGCGAGGAUGAGGACUGGGAUAGCGGUGCCAGGAGGAGGAAUCUAGGAGAGCCACCAAGGGGCCAGCUAGCAAGAGAGAGGUCUGAAGGAUCCCGACAACCCCCACAGCACAACCCCCCCCUGUUGUCUCCGCAGCUUCGACAGCCUACCCCUCCCCCGUCCCCUCCCCCAGAGUUAUCAUUCCCACUGCCUGAUACCCCUAAACAAAGCCCCCCUAGUCCAGGUGAGCUCCCGGCUAGGCAGCGUACUUCCAGUACCUCCAGCUCUGGCUCCUCUAGCAGUGGCAGUCGUAGUAGCAGUCCAGAACCACAAAGCAACGCAGAGCGCAAGCCUGGCCCACUGACCCUGCUGGCACGCAAGAUGGCAUCAGAAGGCGCCUUCUCUGGAGUUGGGUGGCAUGGACGUGGGGAGGCAGAAAGGCAGGACAACAAUGCUGCAACUGCAACAAUAUUUCCUGGUAGAGGUCCUCAAGAGGGCACAGUGUCUGCCAUCACCCACACAGCCAAUGCUGCAGCCAGUUUGCCCUUCCCCAGUCUGGUUCCAGUUAACAACCAGGGUGUCCUUGGAGGCCAUCUAUCUCACAGUCAAGUUCCUGUGAGUGUGCUUAGGCCCACUAUAAUGGAAGAGAGAGAUUCUGCAUGGCAACAAGAAAACAAGGAAAGGGAGCUGCAGGCAGAGAGCGAAAGAGAAAAGGCCCUUGAGCAAGAGAGACUUAGAGCCGUGGAGCUGGAAAGACAGAGAAUAUUUGAGCAACAGCGUGCCAUGGAGCAAGAGAGGGAAAGAGCUUUGGAGCGAGAGAGAGGGGAGAGGGAGAAAGCCUUGGAUGCUGAAAGGAAGGAGAGGGAAAGGGCUUUGGAGCGAGAGAGGGCACAAGCUCUUGAACAAGAGCGGGAGGAAAGGGAGAAAGCUUUGGCAGAAGAGAGGGAGAAGUCUGAGGCAAGAGAGAGGGCCCUUGAGCUUGAGAAGGCUGUGGAGUUAGAAAGGCAGAGAGUCAUGGAACGAGAGCAAGCUUUGCAGCAAGAAAGAGAGGAGAGGGAAAGAGCUAAAGCUUUUGAGCGGGAGAAGAGGGAAAGGGCUCUUGAGCGGGAGCAAGUUCUUGAACAAGAAAGGGUGGAGACAGCGAGAGCGUUGGAGCAAGAAAGGGUGGAGAUGGAGAAAGCCUUGGAGAUGGAGCGCAUAGAGAGGGAAAAGGCUUUGGAGCAAGAGCGAGUUGAGAAGGAGAAAGCUUUGGAGCUAGUGAGGCAGAAAGCUUUGAAGCGGGAACAGGAGGAGAGGCAGAAAGCGCUGGAGCUAGAGAUGCAGGAAGCGCUGGAGUUGGAGAGGCAGAAAGCGCUGGAGCUAGAGAUGCAGGAAGCGCUGGAGCUGGAGAGGCAGAAAGCGCUGGAGCUAGAGAGGCAGAAAGCGCUGGAGCUAGAGAGGCAGAAAGCGCUGGAGCUAGAGAGGCAGAAAGCGCUGGAGCUAGAGAGGCAGAAAGCGCUGGAGCUAGAGAGGCAGAAAGCGCUGGAGCUAGAGAGGCAGAAAGCGCUGGAGCUAGAGAGGCAGAAAGCGCUGGAGCUAGAGAGGCAGAAAGCGCUGGAGCUAGAGAGGCAGAAAGCGCUGGAGCUAGAGAGGCAGGAAGCGCUGGAGCUAGAGAGGCAGGAAGCGCUGGAGCUAGAGAGGCAGGAAGCGCUGGAGCUAGAGAGGCAGGAAGCGCUGGAGCUAGAGAGGCAGAAAGCGCUGGAGCUAGAGAGGCAGAAAGCGCUGGAACUAGAGAGGCAGAAAGCGCUGGAGCUAGAGAGGCAGAAAGCGCUGGAGCUAGAGAGGCAGAAAGCGCUGGAGCUAGAGAGGCAGGAAGCGCUGGAGCUAGAGAGGCAGGAAGCGCUGGAGCUAGAGAGGCAGGAAGCGCUGGAGCUAGAGAGGCAGGAAGCGCUGGAGCUAGAGAGGCAGGAAGCGCUGGAGGAAGAGAGGCAGGAAGCGCUGGAGCUAGAGAGGCAGAAAGCGCUGGAGGAAGAGAGGCAGAAAGCGCUGGAGCAAGAGAGGCAGAAAGCGCUGGAGCAAGAGAGGCAGAAAGCGCUGGAGCUAGAGAGGCAGAAAGCGCUGGAGCUAGAGAGGCAGAAAGCGCUGGAGCUAGAGAGGCAGAAAGCGCUGGAGCUAGAGAGGCAGAAAGCGCUGGAGCUAGAGAGGCAGAAAGCGCUGGAGCUAGAGAGGCAGAAAGCGCUGGAGCUAGAGAGGCAGAAAGCGCUGGAGCUAGAGAGGCAGAAAGCGCUGGAGCUAGAGAGGCAGAAAGCGCUGGAGCUAGAGAGGCAGAAAGCGCUGGAGCUAGAGAGGCAGAAAGCGCUGGAGCUAGAGAGGCAGAAAGCGCUGGAGCUAGAGAGGCAGAAAGCGCUGGAGCUAGAGAGGCAGAAAGCGCUGGAGCUAGAGAGGCAGAAAGCGCUGGAGCUAGAGAGGCAGAAAGCGCUGGAGCUAGAGAGGCAGAAAGCGCUGGAGCUAGAGAGGCAGAAAGCGCUGGAGCUAGAGAGGCAGACAGCGCUGGAGCUAGAGAGGCAGACAGCGCUGGAGCUAGAGAGGCAGACAGCGCUGGAGCUAGAGAGGCAGACAGCGCUGGAGCUAGAGAGGCAGACAGCGCUGGAGCUAGAGAGGCAGACAGCGCUGGAGCUAGAGAGGCAGACAGCGCUGGAGCUAGAGAGGCAGACAGCGCUGGAGCUAGAGAGGCAGACAGCGCUGGAGCUAGAGAGGCAGACAGCGCUGGAGCUAGAGAGGCAGACAGCGCUGGAGCUAGAGAGGCAGACAGCGCUGGAGCUAGAGAGGCAGACAGCGCUGGUGCGAGAACAGGAGAGGGAGACAGCGCUGGAGCAAGAGCGAGUUGAGAAGGAGAAAGCUUUGGAGCUAGAGAGGCAGAAAGCUUUAGAGCGGGAACUGGAGGAGAGGGAGAAAGAUAGGGAGAAGAAGGCAAGGGCUUUGCACCAAGAAAGAAUUGAAAGGGAGAAAGAAAGAGCCUUGGAGAAAGAAAGAGUGGAGAGGGGAAAAGCUUUGGAACGUGAGAGAGAGGAGAAGGAGAGUGCUUUAGAACAGAAGGCCCUGCAGAGAGAAAAAGAGGGGGAGUGUGUUUUGGAACAAGAUAAGGAAAGGGCUAUGGUGGCUGAGAGGGAGAGUCAUCUUCCUCCAUGGAAACGUGGUCGUGAGAUUGGUCUUACCCCCCUGCCCACUCCUCCCCUCUCCACAGGAGCAGGUAGAAUGGCGGCAACAGAGGAGGGUGGGGAGCCCCACGUGCCAUCCCUACCCCAAACAGCAUCGAGAGACAACCAGCCAGUUGAAUCUGGUACGCCCUUGUCACCAACUAUAGCAACGCCUCUGUCACCCCAGUCCUCCUUCAAGAAGUUCCGUUUCUUGAGAGACCCCCCAGUUCUGUCCCAAUCUUGCUCUGCAUCCCUGGUCAUCAAGAGGCCCCGUACAUUCUCUGACAGCCCCCAUACUCAGGCCUCCGCUCUCCAGUCCCCAAGAAAACCUGGGGAACAAGAGCAGGAAAGUACUCUGCAGGGGUCCAAGCUUUCUUCUAGACAGGCAGCAUCACAGAUGCCUGCAAGACAGGGGUUCCUUUUUUCUGGACCAACUGCAGCAGACACGUCAGACACAACAGGGCCAGAGACCCCAGUGAUUGCCACACUAGGCAAGAGUCCUGAAGAAGAAAAGGCUAAGGAGCUUGUGUCAGAGGAGCAUGUCUUAGCAGAUAAGGAGACAAACAAACAGGAAGUGGGAGAGAUAGCCAGAGGUGCUAAACGGGUGGAUGCAGGAAACGUCCCCUCGGGUCCAGCAGAAUCUGUGGUACUUCCCUCACCCCCACCGGAAGAGGGCAAUGUAGACCGGGGAAGGGAGAGAAGUCAAAAGAAACAAGAGAAGCGGGGAAGACGAGCUUCCUCAUCCAGUGAUUCCUCAGAUUCUGACUCUGGGUCAUCCUCCUCACGCUCGUCUGGUUCAUCUUCGUCCUCCCAGGGCAAAACUCGCACCACUCCCAGUGGUAGAAAGCCUGAGAAACCUCAGACAAAAAACAUAUCCCAGGAUAAGGAGACAGUUAGUCAACUUGAGGAGUCAAAGGAGUCCCCAAAAGCACCCCAGCGCAAAAAUCGAGUACCUGGGGAGAAGGACAUGAUCAUCGAUGGAGCCAGACACGGCAAGAAAUUGUUUGUUGGAAUACCUGCUGGACAAGACAAUGAGCAGAAGGACAGCGAGGGAGAGGAGGAAAUGACAGACACUACAAGCGAGGUGAAGGAGGCUGCCAUGGCUGAGCCUGAGCGGGCUCCUGAGAGCAGUGAGGAGAGUCUGACGCCAAAGGCAUUCACAGCCCGUAGGAUCUCCCUGAGCAGCAGCAAGGCCUCUCCAGGUGUCGUCAGUGCAGAGGGCGAGGCAGAGUCUGGGGCCGGCCCCGGGAGGAAGAGGAGGUGGGGUUCCAGCACUGCGGUCACAGCCAAGAAACCAUCCAUCAGCAUCACCACAGACUCACUGAAGUCUCUGAUCCCAGACAUCAGGCUGAGUCCAGGACAGGAGGCGGUGGUGGAUCUGCACCCAGAGGAAGCUCACCUCUCUGGGGGAGAGGAGGACAGGGAGCAGGGCGAGCAAGACUUCAAGAUCAGACGCACGGUCACACAGGUUGUCCUGUCCGAGACCCAGGAGAAUGGACCGAAGGAGUCCAAGAGGAGUGAGAACAUGGAGGACAGAGAGGAUGGGGUGGAGGUUAAAAGCGACAGAGAGGAGAAGAUGGACAACUCAUUCCAGAGAGACUCCAUGGAGACACAAUCCCCCUCUCCCCCCAUCCAUGACAUGGAGAUGAACACAGUGACACCAAGUGACACCCUGAUCCGUCGCUCCAUCAGCCAGCAGAAGUCUGGCGUGUCCAUCACCAUAGACGACCCUGUCCGCACGGCCAAGCAGCCCUCUCCUCCACGAGGCAAAGUGUCCAACAUCGUCCACCUGUCCAACCUGGUUCGGCCGUUCACCCUGGGUCAGCUGAAGGAGCUGCUCAGCAGGACUGGCACCGUGCUGGAGGACGGCUUCUGGAUCGACAAGAUCAAAUCUCACUGCUACGUCACCUACUCCAGUGCAGAGGAGGCAGUGGCCACUCGUGCAGCACUACAUGGGGUGAAAUGGCCUCAGAGCAACCCCAAGUUCCUCUGUGUGGACUUCAGUCAGCAAGAGGAGCUUGACUUCCACAGAGGCUUGCCACCCCCCGGGGGGGCUGGAGAGGAGGAGCGGGGGGCUUCAUCGGUGCGAGGUCGGGGGGCGGCCCUGCCCCCUCUCCUGCCCGAGCGUGACCAGUGGGCAGAGCGAGAGCGUGAGAUGGAGCGCAGGGAGAGGACCCGGGCGGAGAGGGAGUGGGACAGGGACAAGGUCCGGGACUUUGGUCCCGGAAAACCUGGAGAGGAUGCGGGCCCCAGACGAUCACGCUCCAGAGAGAGGAAGCGCAAGGAGAGGAAGACGGACAAGAAAGAGAAAGCUGCAGAGGAAGCCCCUGCCAAACUGCUGGAUGACCUGUUCAAUAAAACCAAAGCAGCCCCUUGUAUAUACUGGCUCCCCCUCACAGAAGAGCAGUUUACACAGAGGGAAGUAGCUCGACAAGAGAGGAGGAAGGAGCGAGAGAAGAGGAGGAAGGAGCAGCAAGAGGAGGAGGAGAAGAAAAGGGAGGAAGAGCGCAAAGAAAGGAUAAAAGCAUCUGGUGAAAGGGGCGAGGGGGACAGGGACAGAGAGCGAGACAGGGAAAGGGGCAAAGACAGGGACCGAGACAGAGAGGGUGACAAACACAGAGAAAGCACCCACCGCAGACCAGGGGGCAACAGUGCAGGGGUGGGCAGACGCUCUCGCAGCCGCAGUGAUCCUCCACCUCGUGACAGACGACGCUAGAGGGAAUUGGUGUGGCUGAAACUGUCUUAAAAUAACCCCCCAUUCCCCAUCACUACAUGUACUUUGUUAGAACUAAGACCCUACAGAGGACCAACACACACACUGACACACACAUAUAUAUAUAUAUAUAUGCACACACACACACACACACACACACACUGGGACCAUGGUUUGAGCAGUGUUUCCCCCAGACUGCAGUCUGUCUUGCUUCAGUCUGAAAGUUUAGAUUUUGUAUGUGUUAAUUUUGCCUAAGUAUAUUCUUAUUAGUUUUUUAAAUAUUCUUGGCAGAUUGGCAACCAACUCUUUUCCCCUCAUUUCCCCCCCGUGCAUAUCUGAAGAUGAAGUGCUCUAUGUAGAGUUCUAUGCAUACACACACAGCGGUUUUUCUCCUUCCCCUGGGUUGUAUAUUCCACAACUGGUUUCUGUGGGGUGCUUUGUCAUGGCUGCGUGCUGUCCCAGUCAGUCUGCCGUCCUCCACCUUGAUUCCUGUGGAGGACUGACGGUGUUGCGCAAAGUUCUGUCUUUGUUUAGUUUGAAAGAUGAGAGACUAUAUUCUUGCAAGAGAUUAGAAUCUUCUAUACGCUUCUUUCUGUCAAUCCUUUGCCCCCCCCCCGGUCAACGCAGGCUGGAAAAGGGGUGCGUAUUAAUACACACAAGCGGAUUUAAUAUUGUUUUUAAUCAUUAUUAAAGAAUACUUUAUUGUUUUUUGGUUUACCCCUGUAAGUGGUGAAUGUACAAAUAAAUAAAAAAUAAGUUUGAAAAA